CCUAUCUCGUCCUAACACUACUUAUCUCGCACAGAGUAUUCCUAUCUCCUAUCUCUCACAGAAUCCACCAUGCCCCCAACCCUCCGCAUCGCCCGCCCCUCAACCGACCUGGCACGCACGGCGCGCCAAUGGGCGGCCUGGGAUCUGGUGCAACUCACAAGUUUUGCGGAUCAUGCGCGGUUUGACGGCGUAAUCCUUGGCGCGCCAGGCGCGCCCUACCAUUUCGAGUUUACAUUCUGCGCCGCGCACCCUGCCACGCCGUUGCACACAGACGAGGACUUCACCGUGUUCUACUAUGCCGAGGAGGAGUGGGCGGCGGCGUGCAAGCGCGUAGAGGAGGCCGGGUGGAAGCGCGUCACGAGCAGUAAUCCCUACUGGGAGGAACAUGGGCGGUGCUAUGCUGACGAGGAUGGGUAUGUGGUCGUGGCGGCGAGGAUGCUGUGGACGCUGUAGGCUAUGUCGAUGCUGAAUGAAAAUCAAAUCUCAAUGCCACUCCGAACAUCUCAGCUCGUCGCUGCCGCUUCGCCACGCCGGCCCAUUGCCGAAUCAAUAUGCAUACACUACAGCCCGAACAACAUCAAAUCUAAACACCCUACCCCUCGCGCGCGACCUCCUCGACCGCCGAAGUAAUAGCCUUGCACGCGGCCGCCAUCUCCUCCUCAGUAAUAACAAGGGGCGGGAUGAAGCGGAUGGUGUCAAAGCACGAGGUGGUGAGGACGA